AUGACCGACUCACUACCUACUCCCCCAGCCUCAGCUUUGCCGAGCCCAUCGCUUCGUGUAGCACCAGCAUCACAGGGCUGGGAGGAUAGCGAGGUGACCGCCCAGAUCAGCGGCGAGGCGAAUGUAAAGCAGUUCCAGAAGAUCCAGAGGGACUUUCGCAGUGAUACCCUUACAAUACAGUCUGACCAGAUGAUGCUCGCUGCGCUACGAGCUACACGAGGUGACGACGUAUAUGGCGAGGAUGCGAGUACUGGGGAACUCGAGGCGCGGAUCGUCAAGAUGACGGGGAAGGAGGCGGCAUUGUUUGCUGCGAGUGGCACCAUGACCAAUCAGCUUGCUAUCCGAGCCCAUCUGAAGCAACCCCCUCACAGUGUCAUCCUGGACUACCGAGCUCAUGUGCACAAGAUGGAGGCUGGUGGGAUAGCCAUGUUCAGCCAAGCUACCACUCACCAGCUUUUCCCUGCCAACCACCUAUACCUUACUGCAAAGGAGAUCGAGAAGGCGCUUGAACUCGGUAGCAACAUCCACCACGCUCCAACACGGCUCAUUUGCCUCGAGAACACGAUGUCGGGGAUGGUGUUCCCCCAGGAGGAGAUUGUCAAGAUUGGCGAGGUGGCCAAGAAGCACGAUAUCACCCUCCAUUGCGAUGGGGCGCGGAUGUGGAACACGGCGGCCAGGGUGAUCGAGGAGCGGGGGCUAGAUGCUACGAGCGAGACAGACCGACAGACAGUAAUGACUGAGCUGCUCGCACCCUUCGACUCGGCCUCGCUUUGCCUAUCCAAGGGCAUCGGAGCACCCAUCGGAUCCGUACUGGUCGGCAGUAAGGAGAUGAUCGAUCGGGCACGAUGGUUCCGCAAGAUGUUUGGCGGAGGUGUUCGCCAAGUCGGUAUGUGCACCGCCGCUGCCGACUUUGCACUUGACAACAUCUUUCCUCGGCUAGCGGGGACACACGCUUUGGCAACUCGCCUAGCGGACGGACUGAGGAAGGCGGGAUGUGAUAUUCUCGCGCCGGUGGAUACCAACAUGGUGUUCUUCGACCCGUCUCGACUCGGCUUCACCGCUGCGGAUGUCCACGCCCGGCUUUUGCAGCUCCCGGACCCGCUCAUUGGAGGUAUGGCCGAGCGCGUCGUUGUACACCAUCAGAUCAACCCUCAGGCGGUAGAAGACUUCAUUACAACAGUACAGGAGAUGAAGAACGAGAAGGGGCUGGUCAGUCACGGGACAGAAGGCGAUGCAUGGGCGGAGGAAGGGCAGCUGCGGAAAGAGAUGGCCCUUGGGUACUAG